CCCUGCUCCUCUCCUCGCACAAACAGCCGUGACGCAUCCUCUCUCUCCUCUGUCCCCCCCUUCCCACCCCCAGGCUGGUUUAAAACGCCUCCCUCCCCCCGUCACCAGCCUUCUCCUUGGGGCCGGCUCGUUUUCCUUGCGCAGUGCUCGGCGUCGCUUUGGAGGGGGUGGGAGAGCCGAGCCGCUCUGCCUCGCCUUUCUCCCCCCACCCCGCGCCCGCCCCGGCCUGUGGCGGCUCCGGUGUCUGGAGGAAUUUCUGCCGUCGCCUGCCCCGGCUGGGCGCGGGAGGCGGGCGGGCAGGCAGGGAGGCGGCCGAGCAGCAGCAGCAGCAGGAGGAGGAGGAGGGCAGCAGUGCAGACGGCUGCAGCGGGAGAUGAGCUGCAGCGGGAGGACGGUGCGGUGCAGCUUUUUGCAGCGGGGAACCCUCUCUUGUCUCCACCAGUCUGUUCUCCAUUAACUGGGGGCAGCUCAAGAGCAGAAGAUCUGUGAUUGCUGCUGCUGUUUCCACCACUAUCUUCAUCAUCAUCUCUAAAGACGGAGAAAUACGCUCCAGCGCAGGACAACAGGAUUUCGUGUUUCCAGGAUAAAUAUCGCUACCCGCCCUCUUUCCCCCUCCUCCCUCAGUUCACAACGCUGCCCGUGCCCUGGCCGGGGAGGGCAGACCGGGGGGUAACAAUGGUGAAGUUUCUGGUGAGUUCUGCCUGCGCCCUGGCUGCGUCGGUGCUGCUCCGUCUCCCUGUCGGAUCGCGGUGAGGAGAAAAUGAGCGAAGAGACGGCGACUUCUAACAACGAUAAUAGUUAUGCACGAGUGCGAGCUGUGGUGAUGACCCGGGAUGACUCAAGUGGUGGAUGGUUACCACUUGGAGGGGGUGGACUGAGCUGUGUCACAGUCUUCAAAGUCAUUCCCCAGGAAGAAAAUAGCUGUGCUGAUUUUCUUAUCCAUGGAGAACGACUCAGGGAUAAAACGGUGGUCUUGGAAUGCACAUUAAAGAAGGACCUCGUUUACAACAAAGUUACUCCUACUUUUUACCACUGGAAGAUUGAUGACAAAAAGUUUGGCCUCACAUUUCAGAGUCCUGCUGAUGCAAGAGCAUUUGACAGAGGUAUUCGGCGAGCAGUAGAGGAUAUUUCUCAAGGUUAUCCACCCUCUCAAAAUGAUGCUGAAGUGGCAGAAGACUGCUUUCAAACUACUCAAGAAAAUACAUCAGGUUCAUUAAUGAAAGAUCACCUUUUCCAACACGAAACUGUAGUAACCAGUGAACCUUACAACAGUGCAAAUUUGAGGCCUUCAGCAUUGGAGGAUUUCAACACCAGGAGAGCCUGUUUUCCUAGCCAACCUAACCAGGUCCCACUGAAGUCAAUCAGACAUGUUAGCUUUCAGGAUGAAGAUGAAAUUGUUAGAAUAAACCCUCGUGACAUUUUGAUACGUCGUUAUGCAGACUACAGGCAUCCUGACAUGUGGAAGAACGACCUGGAGAGGGAUGACGCAGACUCAAAUGUACCAUUUUCUAAAUCAGACAGUAAAAAAUCUGACUAUUUAUACCCAUGUAGAGAUGGAACUAAGUUGAAUUCCCUGAAAGACUCCAAGAGUUCUGUGGUAUUUAAAAUUCAGCCUUCCUCAUCGAAAUUUAAAAACUCAAAAAGAAGAAAAGAGGAUGGUGAGCGUUCCCGCUGUAUAUACUGCCAGGAAAGGUUUAAUCAUGAAGAUAAUGGCAGAGGAAAAUGUCAAGAUGCACCAGAUCCUAUUAAAAGAUGUAUCUACCAAGUUAGUUGCAUGCUUUGUGCAGAGAGCAUGCUGUAUCACUGCAUGUCAGACUCUGAAGGAGAUUUCUCUGAUCCUUGCUCUUGUGACACUAGUGAUGACAAGUUCUGCUUGCGCUGGUUAGCACUGGUGGCACUCUCGUUCAUUGCUCCUUGUAUGUGCUGCUACCUCCCCUUGAGAGCAUGCCAUCACUGUGGUGAGGUAUGUGGGUGCUGUGGAGGAAAGCAUAAAGCUGCGGGAUGAAUCAGUCUUGUGCCAAACAGAGCUGAAAAAUCUUUGUUUCCAGGAAGCAUCUAACUUGGAUUUGUGGAAGCUUUUUGGCAAGCUGAAGGGAAUCUUCUUUCAUGUAAGAGAUGCUUGAUGUGGAGGAAGCAACAAGACUUGUCAGACCUUGGCAUUUUACAAGUGCUAGCCACGCCUAAUUAUUUCCUUUGAGCACGUGGCAUUUGUUGCAAGUUGUGAAGGAGAUUUUGCAAAGGAAAGCCUAUUCUUAUUAUUGGCUAUAAAAUGAGUAUAUAAACUAUGAUUAUACUAAAAGGGAUUAACUUUUGCCACUUUGUACAUUCGUGGUGUAGGUGAGGGGGCUCUUUUAAAAGGAUUAAAACUUACCUGAGGGGAAAUUUUAACUAAAAGUGCACUAGUGACAGUUGAUUUAAGAUUAAGAAAAGUUAAUACUCGACAAUGAGAAAUAAAACUGAUUUUAAGUGCAACUAAAUCACUUAUUAAUAGUUUUUUGGAAGCGACUUUAUGUAUAAAUAACAAAUGUUUAUAUUUAACUAAAUGUGUAAGGUACGAAUUAUUACAUGUUAAACUUUCCUUCUCUCUGAUAUAGUAGGUAUGGACCAUAUCUACUGUCACAUUCCAUGGUAGUAUUUUAAAUAUUUAAUUAGUUAAUUUAGUUGCAUUUUUAUUCCAGGUGGACAAAUUGGUAUUUUCAGUCCUGUUUCCCUUCAGCUACAGUUUGUGUUGAGUUGUAUCCAUACAUCCUGAUAAUCUAAAAACCUUUAAAAUAUUAAUUAUUCUAGUCUUGAGUGACCAAUAUUUUUUUGUUAAGCACAGAUGUAAUUGUCUAAAAUGUUCUUGUUAGAACAUAACAUUUAUUUUUAUAUAUAAAUUACUUUGAUUUCAACAUAAUAGCAAAAAGGAAGUUAUUUCUGUUGCUCAACCAGCAAGUUGUUUUCUUUUGGGGUGUCCUCCAAAAAUACUUUAUUGCAUAUUCAAAUGUUCAUUAAGCAAAAGGUACAUUAAGGCAGUUGUAACAAAUUGUCAUCAGUGUUCUUGUUUAUCCUUCUGUUAAACUAGGAUCCUGUUCAGCUGUUUAUCAAGUACUAUGAUUAAAACAAAAGAUUAAUAACAAAA